AUGGCCAGCCCCCUAGACCCCAACUCCCUGCUCAAUACGCUCCAAGGACUGCUGCCAAGGGGCACAACCUCCCCCCUUCCACACCCCACAGACGCUCCCGCCGCACUCGUACACGCCAUACACACGGCUCUCGGGUUCCGCCUCGUCCCCUCUCAAACAUUCCAUGAGCACCCAAUACCCGGGCCGAAUGACCAACAACAAGAAGAACAAGAUGUUGACGAUAACCAAUCUGAAAUCACCGCCGUCGACCCCGACCCCACCGAGGAUGCACCCACGCCGAACGCUCUCGGCCAAGACUGGAACACCCGUGGCGAAGAUUCAUACACCUUUGAAUACAGGCAUGCACAAAGCGCCAUGGUCUUUAGAGUCAGGGUGGGAAGGAUGGGCGGGAGAGUGCAGGUUGAUGCUAUGGCGGAAGAUGGCGAACCGCACAACCUUUCUAUCGUCCUCGCCGACCUGGUCCAGCCGACGUCUUUCCCCAUCCCGAGUCCAGCUACGGCUUCCUCGGCGGAAUCUAGCGAUGGUAGUGAUGCGGCUAAGAAGCUGGGGUUCAAGUCUCUUACCGAUGUGAAUACCUUUGUGGAAAAGUAUGAUCGCGAAAUCGUCUCAAAGCUGCUUCCAGGACUUGACAUUCCAGGAUACACCCAACCAAGUUCAUCAAACUCGCGUCAACCACCCAACCCACCCAGCUCUUCCAACCCCACAGCAACCCGCCCCACCUACCCCUCCCUUCUCGACGACCCUCCCCUCCGCUCGGGCUCGGGCGGUAUGAACCCCGCCUCCAUCGGCCACCGCGACCUCGACCCUUUCGCCGGUCUCCGCUCUGGUGCGGGGGGCUUCAACCCCGGGUCGGAUGGAGGUGGCAUGCUGGUCGAUUUUAACCAUCCGCUCUUUGCUGGCCGACGCCAAGGCGGAGGAGGAGGGUUGGGAGGGGAUGAUAUCACAGGCCCUGGAGGGAGUGUACAGCCGCCUGGGGCGAGGUGGGAUCCUGUUGGGCCGGCUUCUGGGGGGAUUGGGCCGAGACCCACCCCGGGUGCGGGUGGGUUUGGCGGUGGCGUGGGAGGGGGAGGGGGAGGGGGAGGGGGAAGGAGUGAUAGGUGGGGCGACGAGCUGGCACCUCCGGGAGAGUUUGGGCCUGAUCUAGGCCAGGGACAACUCGGUGGACGUGGGUCGAGCGGUGGAGGAUUUGGUGGUCUUGGAGGUGGACUUGGAGGCGGGCUUGGCGGGCUUGGUGGAAGAGGCGGUCGAGGUGGGGGAGGAGGAGGGUUUGGUGGGUUUGGUGGCGGGAUGUAUAUGUAAGAAGCAGAUGGGGUGGA